AUGCCGAAUACCGAGCGCCGCGGUAAUCCUGACCUGAGGGGUCUACUCAGCCACAUCACCAGCCACAGUGGCUGGUUCCCCGGCAAGCUGGGAGGCUUCGGAGAGUUUGCUGGUAAAUCUACGUCAAUGCCGUUACGGUGUCUGAGAAUAGAAAACGCAGAUCUCAUCUCAGCGCCACGCUCCUCGACCUAG